AUGGGCUACUCGGACAUGGCGACGAUCUUCCAGACCAUCGACGCCGACGCAUCCGGUCACGUGACGCUCGCGGAGCUCUUCAAGAUCUGCUUUGCCUACGCGACGUCGGCCGAGAUCCACGAGAUGGUCAUGCUCGAGCGCCUCGGCCGCGCGCCGACCGUCUUUGCCGAGGACAAGCCGCUCACGCCCGACCAGAUCGCCGAGCUGCGCGAGAUCUUUACCGUCUUUGACCGCGAUCGUAGCGGCACCGUGUCGUUCGCCGAGGUCCUCGACGCGCUGCAGUACCGACACGACGACGACGACGCGGGUCGCACGCUUGCCGACCUCGCCAAGCUCUACGAGGCCGCCGACAACGACGGCAACAAGGAGCUGAGCUUUGACGAGUUUGUGCAGCUGCUGCAAGAGCUCUACCGCGACAAGCCAAGAUAG